AGCCACGUCCCUUGACGACUAAACCAUGUGGGAGAACCAGAACCAGUGGUUCCAGUUUGCAGUGACGAGCGCCCUCUAUAUGUCGGUUUGGCUGUCGUGUUCAAUCAUCGCUCCCUUUUUCCCUCCAGAAGCGAUCAGGAAGGGAGCCAAUCAGACGGCGGCUGGACUCGUUUUCGGCGCGUUUUCUAUUACAUCGUUCCUGAUUGGCACGCCGCUCGCACGAGUUGUUCCGAGAGUAAACGUUAAAACUAUGUUUCUUAUCGGCGCGGGACUGUGUGGUUGCACAAAUAUGAUAUUUGGCAUUCUCGACAAAAUCCAAGAUGGCACUAUCUUCGUGACGUCAGCACUGCUCAUGCGCGUCGCGGAGGCGGUGGGCUCCUCGGCCGCCUUGAUCGCUGCCAUGGCGAUGGUGGGCGGGAACUUUCCCGAGAGUGCGCCGCAGAUGCUGGGCCUGCUGGAAAUGUUCUCGGGAUUGGCGUUCGUGAUGGGCCCGAUGAUUGGAAUGAUACUCUAUCGGGCAGGAGGUUAUGAGCUACCAUUCUUCUCUCUCGGUGGAUUGUGUCUUCUGCUUACCGCCCUCAACGCCAUAGUUUUGCCAACCAAAGCGUUCGUCAAGCCAAAAGUCGACGAGGGUUUAUGGAGCCUGCUUCGCAUACCGGCCGUUUGGCCGGUCGUUCUGGCCCUCUUCGUCAGCACAGCCGCCCAAGCCGUCUUCAAUGUCGGAAUCGCCUACCACACCCUGAAGGAGGGGUUGUUACCAGCGGACAAUGCUGGUAUUGUCUUCUUCAUUCAAGGCGGUUCCUACGCACUCUCAACUCCUGUGUUCGGAUGGAUACUCAACAAUGCGAUGAAGUACUUCCGGAUCACUACUCGUGUGAUGCUCAUUCUGGGCUGUGUAUUGCUCGCCAUCUCAUUUUUGACCAUUGGCCCGUCUCCAUGGCUACCAUUUCGGACCAGUAAGACCAUCCUCAUUGUGUCCUGUGUUCUGAUUGGACUGUCAAUGGGAUUGGUGACCGUACCAAGCAUCAUAGAUAUGGUCAUAAGUGCACAGUGGUAUGGACUAGACGACGGGCCAGUGGUUUAUGGAAUGGCAUCGGGAAUAUUUCUCAGCUGCUUUCAUUUGGGCUCCUUCGUGGGGUCAACGCUAGGGGGCGUCCUAAUCGACCGCUACGACUUCGACGCCACUGCGACUAUUUUUGCCGUGUGUAUUUUUAUGACGGCUGCUUUUGUCGCGUCAACGUUCGCAUGGGAGUACCAAUGCGGAAAAGGGAGGAGGGAUCCCUGGAAACUCUGCCAAAAGAGUCCAUCGAUUGACGAGAAAGACAAGACGAAGAUGCCCCUCAUGCUGCAACAGGACCAAGACGACUCGGGCGAACUCUUUGAACUCGCCCUCUACGAGUUGUAAUAAGCCAGUGACGUCACAGCAACAGCGCCCUCAAAUAUCAAGUGACAACAGAAUGGACAUAAAAGAGUGGAAAUGACGCCGCUCUUAAAAGAAAACACAAAAAAGGGUUUUGCCACUGUUUUAGAUAGCAUGCAUAUUAUUUUUAUUACAUUAUUAUGUUUAGGUGUAUGUACUAGUGGUGGCGCCGUUCAAAAUAAUAAAACAUGCAGAUGACGCCCUCAACGUUGACUCUGCAUUUGCAGGAAAUAACUAAACGGGGUUCAAUUGCAUCAAAAUCAACAGCUCGUACGUGCUGUGGCGUUCAGAAUUCAUUGUAAAUAGCCAUGCCUGUUUUUAUUACACAAAGUUGUGAAAAUCAGCUGGAUACUGCUUUGAGAAUAAAGGAACAUGUACUUCAGGGGGGUUGGGCUCGGUUGUUCCUCCAUGGCUGCACAAAGCAUGAACUAUAUAUUCUAUCAGGAAAUUUAGAUCGAAAAAAAUGCUAUAGUAAACAUAACAGCAGGCUAACCUUGAAAGGGAAAUUCAUAAAAACUCCCAUGUGUUAUUUUCAACAACCGGUAUUUUCUUCUAUUCCAAGUAGUCUUUCAUGUGCCAGACAUGAUGGUGUCAUGUUAAAUUUGGCACUCCACAGUACGGCAAGGCACCCAUGCAUGUAUACCAUGCUUUUUUAGACUUGCGCAUGAGGUCAGGCACGAGAGCCUUUUUGCGGGGUCAAAAGUUUCCACAACACCGGCUACAUCGAAAGCAAACCUAAUGAAGGCUAUAUUGGCUGAGUGCUUUUAAGUUCUGCGUUUCCUUCUAGAGAAAAUUAGGCGCUUUUAUCGUCUCAUAACUACUUUGAUAAGGUAUUGUUCAAUCAGUAUAGAAUCUGUUCAACUAUAUUGUUAAAUGUUACCAUUGUAUUGCUGAAUAUACUUCAUUCAAGGAUUUUUAUCGUAAAGAAUGAAUACUAUAGAAAUCUAUUUUUACUCGUCAGAACGUAAACACUUCAUAGUCUAUAGUGCGAAUACGCGAGUACUUUUGAUCGUCGAAAUGCAGAGAAAGUUUUUCAGUUAAUAUAUGAUUGAUACGCUUUUAGAAACUCAACUUGCUACGGUGAACACUGUACGUGUUGACGGUAUUCAAAA